UGCUCUGUGUGUGAGAUGCGUUCAGGCAGAGCAGAGGACAGCUCCUCCUCCUCCUCCUCCUCCUCCUCAGCAGCAGGGGUCCUUCGAGCCGCCGGAGCCGUUAGCCUGCGUGCUAGCUAGCAUGCUACGUACGCAGUGGGUGUUGGACGGAGGUGCUGAGGCUGCAGGCUGCUGAGGAGGAGACAUGUCAGUGUCCAGAGACGACCUCUGACCUCUGCUCCAUCACCAGCUCUGUCGGGUAGGACGACGCUCUGCUAAGGUCCGGUUCCUCCUCCUGCUCCUCCUCCUUGUCUUCAUCAAACAGAGACCAUGUAUUGCCUUCAGUGGCUGCUCCCCGUGCUGCUCAUCCCCAAGCCUCUGAACCCGGCGCUGUGGUUCAACCACUCCAUGUUCAUGGGCUUCUACCUGCUCAGCUUCCUGCUGGAGAGGAAGCCCUGCACCAUCUGUGCCUUGGUCUUCCUCGCUGCCCUCUUCCUCAUCUGCUACAGCUGCUGGGGGAACUGCUUCCUCUACCACUGCCAGGACGCCACGCUGCCGGACGCCGCCCACGACCCGGCCAUCGUUGGGACCUAGGAGUUAAAAUAAAGGGGGGAGAUAUCUGAAAGGGGUGGGGGGGGGAGGCGUUGCUGGAGGAGCAUUCUGCCGUGCUGUAAGAGGGGAAGAACUGCUGGAGGGGAAUACUGCAAAUACAAACGUGGUGAGGAGGAGGAGGAGGAGGAGAGCAGUUAUGGAGGAUCAUGAGGGCUGUUAGUCCACGCUGUAAAGACAGACGGGAAUAUGAGGAGGAGACGAGACGAGACGAGAGGAGAGGAGACACUGUAAACGUUAUGGAACAGGAAGAGGAGCAGCAGCAUCCAAACUUUAAAUGCUAACUGAAGGACUAAAAUAUGACUUUCUGCAACUUUUCCCUCCGGCUUCUGAAUGAAGGUUAGACAACAUGUCCUCCACAUGAGAGGUCGACCUGGAGUCAGCGCUGUGUUUCAGUAUUCUGGUUCCUUUGUGGCCCUCCGGCUCCUUUACGUCCUUCAUAACUACAGAUCCAUGUCGUAUUCUCCACAAAGCUGUUUAGAAUGAAAAUAUUCUCCACCUCAAACUGCCAAAACUCCCGGAACCCUGCUGAGAGGUGGAUGUUUGAAGUUUCUCUGGCAGCCAUGUUUGUUUCUCCGUUUGGUACCGGUGCAGGUGUUGACUGACUGUUGACUGACUGUUCACCAGGUCGUGUUAAGGAUCAGUCGGCUCCAGAGAGAGGAGGGGUCACAUGACCUUCACACACAUGACGCUGUCGUCACCAUGGGGACACUGACACGGACAAUCAAUGACGAUGUUGUCAAUAACUCCUCCUCCUCCUCAGACGGUGUAACAGAGCGGAUCAGCUCCUCCUCGUCUCCUUGUCUCCUCUCUCCUCAGAGUGAAUGUGCCCUCCUCACAAUCUGAACGGUUUUCUUCUUUGCUGUUUUUGUUAGUUUGUUUUUCUUGUGCAUGGGUUGCCGUUAUGUUUUUCUUUCUUUCAAGUAUUAAGUUCACAAACACAUUUUAAUUAAUUAAAACAAAAUGCUGAAAGUCUCCAAAGGUUAGAAUCAUCUGGGUGUGUGGGUGUGUGACUGAGAAUGUGUGUGUGACCAUGACAUGCUGAUGAGCGUUAAAUGUGGCGAUACACAAGGUGACAUAUCAGUUAUUGAUCCGUAUUUUCAGUAUCAAGGAGCAAUAGAAGGUUUCAAACCUUCAGUGACGACGUCGUCAUAACGUUUCCUUGUUUAUCGCUGCUGUGAGUGUUAAGUUUAGCUGUCAGACACACUGAGGUGUGUGUGUGUGUGUGCGUGUGUGGCCUCCUGCUGCAGUGCUGAACAUGAUCACUGCUACAUUAUUGCUUUGGUUUUAAUUUAAAUAAAGUUUUUUCUCUCAACGUGUUAAACUGUGUCAAACUCAGUAAUAUAUCAAACAUUAAAAAGGUAUUUUUGAAACUAA